UAGGGUACCGGUAGACGUGGUGAGCGUGUACGUGCGGUGCGCUGCGGGCAGCACCGUUCUACCCAGUCGAGUCGAGUCGAGGCGAGGCGGUAACAAUGUCUCAAAAGCGGCCAGUCCCUUGGAAAGCGGUGACUCGAAAUUGGGCUGGGCAACUAAACAGGGGAUAUGUGAGGGCGAUGCAAACCGGGACAGAUGAAGCCAAUCAAUCUAGCCGACGUCCCAUCGUUCCAGCUUUUGCGUCCAGACCGACUGAGGCGUGGCGAUCGUUGAGAGGAAAGGCAAGCAAGGCAGCCAACUUCGAAGAGAAGGGGGACGGACGGACAGACGGGUGGUCGAGUAUUGAUGAUAAGAGACGAUGGCGGUUGACGACCGCUGUUGUGUCACCCUGACGAACGGACGCGCUUUUACUCCCACCCCCGGUAACCGGAGGC